UGGGUAUCAGAUUGGAUGGUAGAUAUGAAUGGCGAUGUAGAUCAGGAAGGAUGGUGUUAUGGCUUGCAGUUUAUUAGCGACAAAUGGUCGGGAACAUGCAGGACAUCGCAUUAUGUCAGAAGGAGGAAAUGGAUUCGUAUGCGUAGAAUGAAAGGAGCGAGCAGUGCAACGAGUGGAUCACUUCCAUCAGCUACAGCAACAACACCGACGGGAAGUGUGAACGGAGCAGGGGCAAACUCUUUGGAUGAAUUGAUUGUCAAAAUGCAGCGUGCCCGUAUUGAUCGAGAGCGAAUAACGGAUUUAAAAAAUUAUUUACUAUUGGCAGACUCACCGACGUUUCCUCCAUCAAAGAUCCAAUUGCUCAUAGCACAAUGCGAUCACGAAUGCAGCAAGUUGCGGGUAGCACUGCUACUAGCACCUCGAAUGGAACUAGCACAAGAGCAAGCGAUAGUCAGUAUCUUGCAAGGAUUAAAGUUUUACAGCGACCGAGUGGAAUUUCUCAAAGCAACAUCAUUAACAGAGUAUCAAACAAUGCUAUCCAAAAGCGAAACCAGCCCAGCGGAUGCAACCACGUUGUUGAGUUGACAAUAAAGGCUAAAUUGUUUGAUUUAC